AUGUCUCAGCUUCUCUUCCGUCUCUCCAAACUAUCUUCCCGGAACAAUGUUCUUAUACACAAGAGCGUUCGUUUAUUCUCAACCAGCCCGUUUCUGACACUUGGCAUCUUUGGGGAUGACAAGUCAGGAGCAAGCAGCAAAUGCAUAGGAGAUGUACUCUUCUUCGAUCCGUCCAAGGAACAAUUAGCCGGAGUCCCGGACAAAAUAAUACCCGAAGAUCUUGUUGACUUGAAAUUGGUCGGAGCUUCACAUGGAUGGCAAUUUCUCUCUGACCGGUGCAAUCAUAGUUGUGUGCGGAUCACGGACCUUUUUAAUCCCUGGGCUUCCAAAUCAAACACCAAGAUUAUUACUCUGCCUCCGCUUACUACUUUGAGAUAUGGCCAGACCAAAGUGGUAUGGAACGUGGCAAUGUCGUCCCCUUCCCCUGAUCAUCAAGACAGUGAGGAAGAAGACUGUGUGGUGGCUAUCAAGUUCCUGGGUAGGCAACUAAGUAUGUGCAGGCCCGGUCAUGACCUUGUUUGGACUAACAAACUAGUCCCUUUCGACUGCUCGGAAAACUCAAAUAUCAUGUUUUCAAAGAGAGAUCAAAGGUUCUAUCUGCCUGCUCCUGGAGGCAACUACUUGUGUUCUUGGGAUCUCCAUUUCAAUAACGACCCUAAGUUCUAUGAGUUGGUGUUUCCAAACCUUCCCGAGUUGCCACAGUUCGCUUGGGAGCAUUUGAAUUCUUGUUUCAGGGAGGACCAUUGGGUGGAGUCACCUUCUGGCCAAAGUUUCCUAGUCAAAUGGUACUCUCGUGUCCCUCCUCGACGAUGCAAAGAUCCGAUAGUGAUGGUGUUUAGAGAGGAUCAAGUCACAGAAGAUGGAACAAGAAACAUGUGUUACACCGAGGACAUUGGUGAUCUUUGCAUCUUCCUUUCAAAAAGCGAACCUUUCUGCGUUGCGGCCAGCUCUUGCCCUGGUCUCAAGCCCAACUCCGUCUACUUGAUGGGCCGUUGCUUUGCUGUUUGUGAUCUCACCACCGGAGACGCUCAUCACUUUUCAUUACCUCCCAAAGGUUCACCAGAAAGUGUUCCUUUCCUCCCUUACUGGCUUCCUCCAUUAUCUGUCUAA